GACGCCUGGUCGCCUGCAGAGCUCUCCAGAGCUCCUGCCGCCGCGAUUCGGUUUGGGAUACGGGCCACCCACGGGGCGGUGGGUGCUCUUUGGCCUUGGGCUCUGCACAGCCCUUAAGGCAAGACUCACUGGGUGCUGUUCGCCCCGCGGGGCUGACGCCCGAGGCUCUGCUAUGGAGGGCAAGACCGAAGUAGAUUUUUCCAGCAACAGCUUAACCCCUUUGUGGCGGAGGCGUUCAACCCCUCAGCCCCCGCUGCUGGGCCGGAGCAAGCCGAGGCCCCAGUCCUACCAGAGCCCCAGCGGGUUGCUGAUCACGGAUUUCCCGGUGGAGGACCGAGGGAUGCUCCCCGCGGCGCAGACUCCGGCCCAGGUGCCCACCGCCUCCGACGGCAGGACGAUCCAGAGGAGCCCCCUGCUGCUGUGCGCCCAUCGGAGGUUGGUGACCAAUGGGAGGACCGUCUCCCCGGAGUACAGGGCUGUUUCUCCUCGGCUUCCACGGCCCAAGUCACCCCAGGAACCCGGAGCGGCGUCGGGCGGCUUCCCCAAAUCCCCAGCGAAGGGCACUGCGACUUCGCUCGUGCAGCAGCCGCUGCACCGCCCGCGGACUUCUCGUGCGCCUGCCCCCUGCAGCCCCGAGGGGGACAGGGCCGGAUUCCCCGCCGGCCCCCUGCUUUCGCCUGCUGCAAAUGCGCUUACCCCUAAUACCGCCCCCCCAGGCGUCCGUUCGCUGUCCGGCCAGAUGGCGAAGGGCCCCGAGCGGGGACCUUCGAGACUCUCUCCCGCGCCGCACAAAAGGUCUUUGGAGCAAAAACUCCCCCUCCAAAGGCUUCCCUCACAGGAGAACGAGCUCCUGGAGAAUCCCUCAGUGGUUUUGAGCACAAACAGCCCCGCCGCCCUCAAAGUGGGGAAACAGCAGAUCAUUCCGAAGAGCCUGGCCUCGGAAAUUAAAAUAAGUAAAUCCAACAGUCAGAAUGUGGAGCCCUGCAAGAGACUGCUUAAGGUGCGCAGCAUGGUGGAGGGCCUCGGAGCGCCCCUGGGCCCCGCAGAGGACGAGGGCGAGGCGGAGAACGACUUGGACAGUCCGGGGUCUCUGCGGAGAGGCUUGAGGUCCACGUCCUAUCGCAGGGCGGUGGUCAGUGGCGUGGACUUUGACAGUCCUACCACCUCGAAGAAGAAAAACAGAAUGUCCCAGCCUAUUCUGAAAGCAGUGAUGGAAGACAAGGAGAAGUUUACCAGCCUGGGAAGGAUAAAGAAAAAAAUGCUGAAAGGACAAGGAACAUUUGAUGGGGAAGAAAACGCUGUUCUGUAUCAGAACUACAAAGAAAAGGCCCUUGACAUUGACUCUGAUGAAGAGUCGGAGCCCAAAGAACAGAAAUCAGACGAAAAAAUUGUGAUUCACCAUAAGCCGCUGAGGUCCACGUGGAGCCAGUUGUCUGCGGUGAAAAGAAAUGGAUUAUCUCAGACAGUUAGCCAGGAAGAAAGAAAGAGACAAGAGGCUAUCUUUGAAGUUAUAUCCUCGGAACAUUCAUAUUUACUCAGCUUGGAGAUCUUGAUACGAAUGUUUAAAAAUUCUAAAGCACUGAGUGAUACGAUGACCAAAACAGAGAGUCACCAUCUUUUCUCCAAUAUUACAGACGUCUGCGAAGCAAGCAAAAAAUUCUUUACAGAGUUGGAAGCAAGGCAUCAGAAUAACAUCUUCAUAGAUGACAUAAGUGACAUUGUGGAAAAACACACAGCAUCCACAUUUGACCCAUAUGUGAAAUACUGCACAAAUGAAGUCUACCAACAGCGGACACUACAAAAAUUGUUAGCCACCAACCCAUCUUUCAAGGAAGUCUUGUCCCGAAUCGAGUCCCACGAAGACUGUAGGAAUUUACCCAUGAUCUCCUUUCUCAUUCUCCCCAUGCAGAGGGUGACCCGCCUUCCCCUGCUGAUGGAUACUAUCUGUCAAAAGACACCUAAGGACUCUUCAAAGUAUGAAGUCUGCAAAAGGGCCUUAAAGGAAGUAAGCAAGUUGGUUCGACUCUGCAAUGAAGGAGCUCGGAAGAUGGAAAGGACUGAGAUGAUGUACACAAUUAACUCCCAGCUGGAAUUUAAAAUUAAGCCUUUCCCUCUAGUCUCCUCUUCCCGGUGGUUGGUCAAAAGAGGUGAGUUGACAGCGUAUGUGGAAGACACUCUGCUUUUCUCAAAAAGGACGUCCAGACAGCAAGUCUACUUCUUCCUCUUUAACGACGUGCUCAUUAUCACCAAGAAGAAGAGUGAAGAAAGUUACAAUGUCAACGAUUAUUCCUUAAGAGAUCAGCUGCUGGUGGAGUCCUGUGACAGUGAAGAGCUUAAUUCUUCUCCAGGGAAGAACAGUUCCACGGCGCUUUAUUCCAGACAGAACUCUGCGAGUCACCUGUUUACGCUGACAGUCCUUAGUAACCACGUGAACGAGAAAGUGGAGAUGCUGCUGGGAGCUGAGACUCAGAGCGAGCGAGCCCGCUGGAUAACUGCCCUGGGACAUAGCAGCGGGAAGCAGCCCCCGGACCGAACCUCACUGACCCAAGUGGAAGUCAUUAGAUCGUUUACUGCCAAGCAGCCCGAUGAACUCUCCCUGCAGGUGGCGGACGUGGUCCUCCUUUAUCAGUGUGUCAGCGAUGGCUGGUAUGAAGGGGAGAGACUGCGAGAUGGAGAAAGGGGCUGGUUUCCUAUGGAAUGUGCCAAGGAGAUAACAUGUCAAGCUACAAUUGAUAAGAAUGUGGAGAGAAUGGGACGUUUGCUGGGACUGGAGACCAACGUGUAGCCUCUCUGAUGGUAUUUUGUCACUGGGAGAU